CAAAAAAGAACAACCAGCAGCCACACACAAAGAGCCCCAAUCCACCAACCUGAGCCAGUCCCAGUCACAAUCACAGCACAAACACCACAGGAGAACAAUAAGCCCCUCUGCUUUCCAGAAGCUCAGGCCACAAUAAAGAGCCAUGCGCCUAGGGACUACGGCUGUUUGACACGAUCAGGCCACCGAACAGAUUCUUAAGCCUCUCAACGAUGUCCAUGCAGGGUGACUAGCCUUCUUCUGACACCCACACGCCUUGUUCUCUACCAUCGCAUACCCGCAUUGUCCAAGAACAAGAGGCCAUGCCUCUGCCGAGACGUCGAUCCUCCUUCCUGAACCAACCUGCCGCCAAGGAGCGCCCAGGUAGUGCCAACACCAGGGUUGGCACCGCAGGCAUCACCAAUGCCCCCCGGGGAGUCUUUGUGGGGACGGCCCCCACGGGCGUCGCCUCCAGCAUGGGCACGCGCGUGUCACGACGAGCCCUGGGCAUCAGCAGUGUGUUCCUGCAGGGGCUGAGGUGCACGGCCGUGCCUGUGAUGCCCCACGGGGUCGGGCCCGGUGGCAGGCAGUACCCCGGGGGCGCCGAGAGCCUCAACAGCUGCCUGAUGGAGUACAGGGACAAGGUGCACGCCCUGGAGCAGCUCAACCAGCAGCUGGAGGAGCAGAUCAAGCACUGCCUGGAUCGUAAGGUGUCCAGCGCUGGAGCCUGGGGUCCCCUCAGACAAGACUGGGAGGAUGUUUACAGACAUGUUAGUGAGUCCAUCCUUGCCAAUGCCAGGCUAAUGCUGCAGACAGAGAAUGUGCAGGCCAACGCUGAGGACUUCAAGGACCGGUAUGAGAAUGAACAGCCGUUCAGGAAGGCGAUGGAGGAAGAGAUCAGCUCUCUGUACAAGGUGAUUGACGACGCCAACCUGACCAAGUCGGACCUGGAGAGCCAGAUGGACAGCAUGAGGGCUGAGCUUCGGGACUUGGCCUGCAACCACGAGGAGGACGUGAGGGUGCUCUACAAGCAGAUGGCAGGUGGCGAGAUGGACGAGCUGGACGCUCCCAUUGAGACCAAUCUGGACCAGAUACUGGCCUACAUUCGCUCCCACUGGGAAAGAGUCAUCGAGAAGAACCGUGCCGAGACCGACGCCUAUCUGGAAUGCAAGCAGGCGGAGAGUGUGGGCAGUAAACUGAGCCGUGAGGAGGAGGAGCUGGAGAGUCUGAAGACAGAGUGUAACGAUGCUGGCUGUAAGAUCCAGAGUCUGCAGGCCCAAACUGAGUCUAUCAGAGCACUGGUACGUACGCAUUGUGAUGCUGGCUGUAAGAUCCAGAGUCUGCAGGCCCAAACUGAGUCUAUCAGAGCACUGGUACGUACGCAUUGUGAUGCUGGCUGUAAGAUCCAGAGUCUGCAGGCCCAAACUGAGUCUAUCAGAGCACUGAAGCGAGGUCUGGGGAACUCCCUGAAUGACGCCAGGCAUUGGCACGACAUCGAGCUGCAGAACCUGGGAUCCGUCAUCGGCAAGCUGGAGUCGGAGCUGGGUGACGUCCACGGCGACGUCGAACAACAGCGUCGCGACUAUGAGACGUUGCUGGGAAACAAAAUGCGUCUGGAGCUGGAAAUCGGCACCUACCACGGCAUCUUGGACGGGGAGGAGAGCCGCUACCACCCCUCCAUGUGCACAGGUGCAUCAGAGCCCGAGGGGAAACAAACUCCCCUUCCUCCCCAUUCAGAGCCCUCUGGCAGCCCAGCCCUCCAAGGCUCCAACACAUCUAGUCCCUAGUGGAAGGACUUUGGACCAUUUGGGGAAUAAAGCUCUCACACCGCUGUUCUCCAAGGUAUCUGUGCAAAGUUUCAUUUUCAAACCAUGUUUUUACUACAGAGUUUAAUAAAAUCAAAACCUCUGC